UCCGCAAGCCGGAAGUGUACAGCUAAGGUCUGAAGCGCGUGCGCAGUGACUCACAACAGGAUGGGCCCGCCGUAAAAGUUACUUUGGAAAGUAAAAACCUGCAUCUCCAGAUUUCCGUCUUCAUGUGACAGAAGAAACCAUCAAUGGCAGCAACAAUGGCGAAUGCUGAAGUUGGGGUCCCUAUGGGAGAUGUUGUGGUUGUAACUACAGAGAGCAGCGAGGGAGACAAUCCAGAAGACACCAAAACUCAAGUGAUUUUGCAGCUACAGCCAGUACAGCAAGGAUUAUGCCCAGCUAGUGAUUUGAUCACUGCUAAUUUUAUCAGUUUUUCUAGCAGAAUAUUUGAAGAAGCAGCUGAUUCAGGCACCACAGUUGUGACGGUAGAGACACAAUGCAAAGUUGAAGAAACAGAAGAUAACAAUACGGUUGAAAUUAGUGAAGAUACUGAAAUUGCCUAUCCUAUUACUUGCGGUGACAGCAGAGCUAUUCUCCUGUGGAAGAAGUUUGUCUGCCCUGGCAUUAAUGUCAGAUGUGUCAAGUUUAACGAGCAGUUGAUCAGCCCCAAACAGUUUGUGCAUCUAGCUGGGAAGGCCACCCUGAAGGAUUGGAAGAGAGCAAUUCGCUUAGGAGGAGUCAUGCUAAGGAAAAUGAUGGAUUCAGGACAGCUUGACUUCUAUCAGCAUGAUAAAGUGUGCACCAAUACCUGCCGAAGCACCAAAUUUGAUCUUUUAAUUAGCAGUGCUCGAGCACCAGUUCCAGGACAGCCAACAGCUUUGUUACCAGCUCCCUCUUCAACAGAUGGUGGAAGUACACAAAUUACAGUUUCAGAAGAGAAUGCAGAGGAUGCUAUUGAGUGGAAUUCAGCUCUGACAGCAGCAGUCGCAGUUGCCACUGAGGAUGGGAGCAAGAAGGAGGUGGAAGAAAUGUCAGAGGAGACCUUUAUGUUUUGGAAAGGAAUAGCUGAUGUGGGACUGCUGGGAGAAGUCAUCUGUAACAUUCAGAAAGAGAUACUGGAGUUACUAAGAGGUGUCCAGCAACGGCUUAGCCAGUCUUCAUUUCAUAUUACAGACAUUGCUAUACUGAAUAACGUGGCCCAGUCAUUUGGCUUGAUGGAUGUUGUGAAGAGAGUCUUGGACAACAGGAGGGGUCAGAUGGAUCCAGGUCAUGAGUCAUACCACAAUACACUCUCAGAUUUGGAACGUCAGCUGGAAGAACAAAAGAAGCAGAUGCGGGAUCAGAAUUUAAAUCUAAAGAGGCAAGCUUUCCAGAAUGUGGUGUUGAUGCCUUCAAGUGCUCCAAAACCCCCCAAAAGACCAAGACUUCAGAGGCCAGCAUCUGCUACUAUUUUAACCCCAACGGCCCAGGUGCAACAGCCACAGUACACUGUCAUCUCACCUAUCACCAUCGGGCAAAUGGGACAGUCAUUUUCAUUGAGUAACAUUCCAGUGGCAACCAUAAGUCAGCAGGGUAAUCCCGUAACUGUUCACACUCUUCCCGGUGGCACACAGAUUCUGCGGUAUGCCACUAUGGUAUCAUCUCCCAAAACCACCUCCUCCGACACCAUUACAAUUCACCCAUCUUCUAGUCUGGCUCUCUUGAGCUCUGCUGCCAUUCAGGACAGUGCCACCUUGGCAAACAUGGGUGCAAUAAUGAGCCCUGUUGAGCUUGUGACUGUGGAUUCAGCUCUGGCUUCAGUGGUACAGAAUGUUGACGAAUCUUCUGAGGAAACACAGACAGUCAUUCAAAUAAACCCUGCAUCAGUUUCUGAACUUGAGGCAGAGACUGAGGCUGAAACAGUGACUGAGACAAUAACAGAGAUCAAGACAGAGGACAAGGUCAUUGAGGAGAUAGAGGAACACCAGGAACAGCUCCAGAAUGUGGAAAUUGUUGUACUUGAGGAGCAUCAUGAAGAAACUGAGGCCAAAUGAAUGUUCUAUCAAGUUUUGUAAUAUUAUUGCUUCCAUUACAUUUUCUUGUUUUGUUACAGUUAUUUAAAAAAUAAAAAAAUCACUUCAUUCUUUCAUCAAGAAAUCCAGACUUCACAGAAUUAUAUUUAGAAAAAAAAAAUAUUCUCAAAGAUUUUUGUUUCUUUUGGGUGCAGUCACUGAAAAUGACUUGCCUAAUUCAUGCUUUAAGAGAGGUAAACUACAUUUUUUCUACACAUAUCUGAGUGAAAAGAAAAAUGACUAACACAAUUUAAAAUGAAGUAUUACAUACUUAACCUGCAGUUGAAGCUUUUGGGAUGUUUGAGCACAGCUGUAUGAAGCUUUUGUUUGCAUUUUAAGGCUGGCAUCAAGAAAAGGAAAAAGUGUCUGUUGCACAAUGAGUAGGACACAAGUAAGUGCCUGACAUGAAUUAGGCAGUUUGUCUUAAAUGUGAGGGGCAGACGUGUAAAUUUAGAACUGAUAAAACUGUUAGGUUACAAAAUUCUGCCCCUUGAAUGUCAUGAUAAACUGCACGAUUUGAGUCUAUUUUUCGUUCAGGUUUUGCAUCAGUGUAUGGCACAUUACUUUGAAACUUGCUGUUUGUGUAAAUAUUUAACUGUUUUGCUUUGGUUCGAAAUACUGGCUUCAGGGUUGCACAAAUGUUUUGUGACAUUAUCAACAUUGUGAGUGUUGCUGUCUCACUCUAAGUAUUCUAGUAUAAUGGUACCAUUGGAAACACCACUUAUGACAAUGCUGACAAAUUGUUAUACUGCCUUUGUCAGUGUUGUGAUGAGCAAAUGUAGAACUUGUUAUCUUGCCAUUUUUAUCUCUACUGGUGUUUAAAAGCGAGAAUAAAUAACAUCUGAGUGUUAAAGAACAACUCAUUUCUUAUGCAGAAUAAGUGCUGUCUUGUCAGAGAAAACAGAAACAUUUUUGAUGUUUCGGUCAUGUUACUGUACUUGUGAAGUGUGAAGAUUGCUGAGUUUUUCACACUGCAAUACUUUAUUUUUUAUAUGACAUGAUCGCCAUAUUUUUAUCUUUGUCUGAUAGGGCCAAAGACCUAAUUAAAGGAGUCCGUUCAAAAGGCA